GCCGGCUAUGUGUUACAGAUAUUGAAAGGAAAUGUUUAUGUCAGCUACUACCUUGUGUUUACUCUAAGAAAAGCAGGCUGUUGGAUGAAGAAACAGAAACAGUUAAGCGGACAAGAACAGGGAGAAAAGACAAAGGCAGAAGCAGUAAAUAAAAAGAAAGGCUAUUCUUUCUGGCUUCGCUUAAAAACCACCGAAUCAUCUGAAUCUUCAUUAUCAAUACAUUCUGGUUAUCCGCAUUCGGAAUACCCAUAUAUGAAAAAUUAUAAUUAUAAUGGUUCAAUUGAAUAUGACAAAGCCACACGUUUCUUGGAGACAGGUUGCCAUUGUGGUUGCUCAAAAAAGAUUCCGAGAGAAAAGUUUGCCGAAUUACGUGAAGCAUUUCAAGCUUUUUCUAGAUCCGAACAAGAUAUAUUUUUAAUGGCCCAGCUGAAAGCAAUGAAUGGCGGAGAAAUAACCGCCAGCCGACGUCUUAAAAAGAAAACGCGGAUUGGUCGCACUCACUUCGAAAACGUCAGAAAUCACCUAGCGGCGAAUGGGAUAAUACCGCGUGUUCAUGGUAACAUAAAACGAAUACCGCGAUGGAAAACCAAAAUAACCAUUGAUAUAACCGUUGCUACCGCCGUUAAAAAUUUUCUUGAAAAUUAUGCUGAAAUACAUGGAUUACCAAGUCCGGGUAGAAAUGUCAAUCGCAUUACUCAAUCGCUUACGCUUUUGCCAGCUGAAACGAGUUAUAAAUCGGUCUAUCGUGAUUUUAUUGCAGGUCUCGAAAAUGAUAGUAAAUUGAAAUUGUUAAAAUAUGAUGCAUGCCGCAAGUUAUGGCACCAAUUAACACCUUACAUUCAAAUUAUGAGUCCAAGAACGGAUUUAUGUGACACGUGCCAACAUUUUCGGAACGGCUUACAGUAUAAUGCUCGUAAGGAAGAAGAAGCGAAAGAUUUACUGAAAAAAUUCAAAGAACAUCUAGUUAAAGCUAAAUUAGAGAGAAACUAUUACAACAAAAAUACGAAAUUAGCAGAACAACAGAGGAAAUUGUUACGAUUGAGCACAAAACGUUCACGUGCCCCAUUCCGAUCAACAGAUGAAGCAGUACGCGAACAAAUUAAUUACGUUCUUGAUGAAAACGAAAUUAUCGGUAAAGGCCCUAAUGUAAUCUGCGGCUAUUAUGAAAGUAUCGAAUUAAAUUUUAUGGUACCGGGACAUACUAAAUUCAAGUGUGAUGGUAGUUUUGGAUUGAUUAAAAAGCUUUAUCGAAAAACAACUGUGGAUUGUGUGAAUCAUAUUAUUGAGGUUGUGAAAAAAUCAAGUACAGCAGGAUUAAACAAAGCUCAGUGCUAUGACAACGGACAAGGUUUUCAGUACUUAGAUCUUAAUUCUGUAUUGGGAAUUUUCUUUAAAAAAUUGAAUGGUUUACAAAAAUAUCAGCAUUUUCUCUUUGAAGCAACUCAUCCAGGAGUCGUCAAAGCUCAGCUGGUUGCUAAUGUAAAAGCUGAUAAAGAAGUUAAAGGUUUACAAUCCUUAACAACUAAUUUAGAGAAAGAGAAGAAUGGAUUGCUUGAAAAAACUAAGCAAUUAGAAGCAGAACAAAAAGUCUUGGAAGAAGCAUUAGAAUUAGAGGAAAAUAUUUCUAAAUAUCAUUUAGAUGCUCUUGAAGUAGCUAGACAAUGGAGAGUAAGGCAAAGCAAAGAAAAAGAUGACAACUUAGAAAAAGCUUCAAGAAAAAUAGAGAUGCUAGAAAAUGUUGUGGCAUGGCAGAAUUAUUUAACAAACAAGCAAUUUCAAGAAUUACAAACUUUGCUAAAGAAACAAAAUAAAUUUAAACUUCUAAUUAACAAAGCAAAAAGCAGAAUUAAGCAAGCAAAAGCAAUAACUCAAGAAAAGUUCAACACAUACAUCUUGCAAAAGAAUAAAUAA